AUGCCCCCGCACAAAAAGCGCCCCCUCUCCCUCCCUCUCAACCCGUUCACAGACCACCCCGAGAGCGAGAUGGUUCAGAGUGGGACACCGCGUACCGAGCAUGCUGCCGUCGUCAAGCAGUCCCCUGCCCCAUCUCCCCCCCGUCCCGCUCGUCCCUCCCACUCCCCCUUCGACCCCCAAGAACAACAAGAGAUCCUCGCGCCCAGACGCCCCACCGCAAAACCCCAAGCAGACGAGUCCUUCUGGCGCUGGUCCCACGCCACAUCAGCCACCCCAUCCGCCAUCUCUUCCCCCGCGCCGACGAUCGACACCUACGCCCCCACCGAGCUCCAAUUCCCCGCCUCCCACCUGCCCAUGAUGGACAGCGAAGGCAAUAUCGACAGCGCCAGUGUCCGCACCACGUUCUACUCGGACUUUUCGGCGCCGAGCACGGUACCGGACGUACCGGACAUGGCGACUUUGCCGGGGUUGUUCAAGAGGGGUCAAGGGUUGAGCUCUAUACCGGAAGCGUCUGUCUCUGUGGUCAGUACCAGGACGAGGGAGAAGACGCAGAAAGAUGGAAGAGUCGAUUCUCCAGAAAAGAGGAUGAGUGUGGGUACGUUUGGGAGGUACAAUUCGCUCUACUCGAGUACGCACACUUCCCCCGACGCUCCCCCUCGCCAAACCCCAACCUCCUCCCCACCUCGAGCCGAUAACCCAUUCACACCCCCCCGCCGUCGACCGCUCUCUUUCUCUUCUUCCCCUUCCUCCACCAACAACUCGCCCACAAAGGGCAAGGACCAUACCACUACAGAAUCCGCGCUGGAGAAGCUGGGGGCGGGGUACAAGCUUGGUAUGCGGACGCCUAGUGAUCGGGCGGACCAUCGGGAGGAAGAGAGUGAGCGCGGGAUUGAGGCGUACCUCUGGCGUCAGAGUCGGGUUAAUGAGAGGCGUAUUGCGCCGUCGCCUUUACCGCCUUCGCCUCCUUACCCUGCCGGACCAGCAGGGCUGGAGCCGGCUUUGGAGAUUGAUCAAGACAAAGCGUUAGUGGCAAGGGAUAGGGAGAGAGAAGGGAAGCAGAAUCAAGAUCGGAAGAAUGGCUUCAGGAGGAGUAAAGUUGAUCAGAUGUUGGGGGAAGGAGCAGAGUAUGCGAGGUAUAAUAUGGGGUUGGAUCGGAAGGUUUUGGAGGAUACGAUUGAACAACGGAAUGGACCGCUGCCGCCGAUGAGGCACAAACCUUCCGCCUCACUCCCUGUCAACAGCCCACCCCGCCUCUCUCCCCUCCCGCCCCUCCCCUUGCCCACCCGGGACCAAAGCACCACCACCAUCCAAGCCCUCCUCUCUCCCCUCGAGAAAACCCAUUCUCCCCCUCCCCGGGGGGCCGGCUUCCACGGCAGGUCGGUCUCGAUCGAUUCUUUACCGAGCCUGCACCCGAGCUUAAGUGAUAGUGUCGUCGCUAUGAACACGCUUGAUGGGGAGAAGAGGCCUUUGCUUAAGAGGUCGCUACCGCCCACAGCGUCAGAGACGUCUCUCCGCCUCGUUAAACCAGCAUUCACCCCCCGCCCUUCAAACAUUUCUUUAAUAGGCAGCACUUCCACCACCCUCACCCCCUCCCAACGCACCCUCCUGGUCAAGAGGACGAGGAAACUCGAACAUCUCCUGGGACAGCCGCUGCCAGAAGCGCAGAUAGAGCAAUCGUUGAUCGAGCCGCUGAAUGGGGUGAGGGAGUAUGAUGUGCAGGUGGGGGAGGCGUGGCCGGAGAGUCCGUCCCCUGGGUCGAGCGCUACUGCCCGAGCAGCGCAAGAUGAUGAGAGGGGGAGGAGGGUGCCAGAGUGGGAGAGGGAAGAUUGUCUAGUUCGCCGGGUCCCCGCCGGGCUCGGCGGUGGAUCUUUACCCUCUUUACACGGGGAGGACGACCUCGCAAAACCAGUCAAGAUGUCCCUCGCCCAAAAAGCCCUCGCAGCCUUCAACCUCCCCGCCCCCCAAAAAUCGGACGAACUCAAAGUAUACGUCUCACGCCAGAUGCGCGUGACCGAGACCGUCUCGAGAGGUACGAGCUCGUCCGUGGGGGUUAAUAGGGAGCAAGUCCCGCCGACGAGUCCGAUGAGCCCGAUGAGUGCGAAUACGACGUCGAGCUGGGAGAGUCAGCUGAGGGAGGAGAGCGGUGAGAGUGAGGCGGUGAAGAAGGGGAGGAGGGUGCAGCUUGCCAAAUUGCAUAGACUUUUGGGCGUUCCGAUCCCACCGGAACUCGUCUCCCACACCCGAGCACCAACCCCCACGCCCGCCCCCGACCCAGGGGACAAGAGCCGUUCAUCCAUAAGCUCCACCUCAUCCCGCCAAACAGACUCCCCGCCUCUCGAAGGUCUUUCCUUCCUCUCCCUCGACGACAGCCCUAAUCACACCAGCGGCGGAGGAGGAAGGGGAAAGGGGAACAAGUGGAACAAGUUGAAGGGGCUGCAUAGGAAGAUGGCUUCGCGCUCUGGAUCGCCGUCGCCUUUGCCUUCUUCUUCUUUGGUGGGCAUGGGGGAGAUGGGGAUGGAGGGUGGGGAUGAUGGGGCGAGUUUUAUGGAUCUGGGAGAGGGGAAGAAGAAGAUGAGUAAGGAGGAAAAGAUGGUUUUUCGGAAGAGGGCUGCAAAGUUGGAACAGGUACUAGGCGAUAAACCUCCCAGUUCCAGCAUCUACAUCCCUUCCACCCUCCGCUCCACUCCUGAUAUCCCAGAAGAGCGUCUCUCGUCUUUCGAAUCUUACUCUGCCUCGCUACAGGGCUUACUCUACCUUGUGGACCAUGAUGAGACGAAGCUCGCGCAGGUCAUUGCCCGAGCAUCAGCGCCAGGCGUCUGUCGAUUCUGGGCCUACCUCGCCUGUAAUCGAGUCGCCCACGAGCGGGAAGAGCGGAAAGAGCAGAAAGAGCGGGAAGGAGAGAUGGAAGGAAGAGAAGAGUAG